CGUCAAAAUGCAAGUUUCAAGCGCCAUAAUUAGACGAAAUGCAUCAAUCCGAUUGCACUAUCCUUUUUCACCAUGGUGCGUAUCCAAAAUAGACCAAGACCAGGCGACUUUGCCGGUCGAGAGUCGUCCUUUGAGUCUUCGUUGUCGGGGGAUAUGACGCCGAAAACCAACUACACGAAAAGGACACUCGAUACAUCGUCGUUAUCGAGUUUGGAUACAUCGAAAUGGCAUCUUCCGAAUUUGUCGAAGGAAGACGAACUGGUGCUACUGCGCCGACGUAUACAGGCGUACGAGAGAUGCGAGGAACAGCUCAAUAUUGAUUUGGUUCGGACUAAAAGGGAAUUGGAAUCUUGCAAGGAAAGUGUCAUUAGAUGGAAAGAAGCCGUGCGUGGAGAUGUUCGCCCUGGAUCUCAUUAUCGACAAGAAAUUGUCUGUCUGAAACACGAGCUCGAUGAAAAGAACGGCAUCAUUCAACAGAGGGACACUACCAUACAAAAUAUGAUGGCAGGGGGUAGCCAUCCUUCCUUUGUAGAGCAUCAUGAAAUAAAUGAAACAUCAGUGUGCUCGUCGAUAUUGGACGAAGCAGUAGAGAAUCCGACUGCAAGAGAGAUGGAACGAUUGCUUUUAGAAAACUCAAAAUUUGUGUAUAGGCUCCGUGAACKGGACGAAGAGGUGAUUAGGCUUCGAAAUCAGAUUACAUUGUUAGAGCAGGAACGCAUCAAUUCGGAACUUUCACCAUUAUCGAUGCCGUUCAGCCCCUUUCAAGAAGAUGAACAAGAAUCGAGCACUUACCAAUUAGGUACAGCUAACAACUCGUACGGUCAUGGCGACUCUUUGCGCACGACAAAGCGACUCAUGGAGUUGCAGAACGAGCUAAGCAAGAGAACAGAAGAGGUAGAUUAUUCUUUCCAAUGCAAACUCGAACAAUUCCAGGAUGAAGCGAAGCGACUUCGUAUGUCACAAGCGAAGAAAAUCAGGGGCAUGAUAUCAGAGCUUAAUGGAGCUAAACUUGCGCUGCAUGCUGCUGAAGUAAAAGCAAAGGAUUCUGCGUCGGCAAUAGCACAUCAUAAAGCAACGAUCAGAGAUAUGAAAACAGAAAUGAGGAAACGCGAUGCAGCCAUUCUCGAGCUCAGAAAGGCGAUGAAGCAGAAGAAGGAAUCAAAUCUCUCAACCCAACAGGUUGAAGUUCAAGAAUUAAAGCAGGCACUGGAUGAAUCGCUCGAGGAGCUUGAAAAUGCCACAAAAGUUGCCACUGAGCAAAGAAAAACGAUCCAAAAUUUAAGAAAGGAAUCAAAUGACAAUGAAAUAAAUUAUUUACAGGUCCAACGUUACCUGGAAGUUGAAACUGAAAACCUCGAAAACACUAAGAAAGAAUUGCUCAAGCAAGAAUCCAAGAUGAAAGAAGUAAACAAUUCCAAAUCAGAGCUUGAGGAGACGAUGUCAAGUGAUGUCGAAAGUCUGAAAAAUAAAAUACAAUUGAGAGAAAACAAGAUAGAGCGUCUACAGCAAGAUUUGUUUUCGACAGACGCGCAAAAUCACAGUCUUGAGUUGAAGCUGGUUGAGAAAGAAACUGAGAUCAAUGAACUUAAUCUAUUGUUAAGAAAUCUUAGGCCUACUCUUGAUAGCGAAAGGAAAGGAAAAGUCGAGGGAAGGGAUACCAGAGCAAACCUUCAGGAAAGCUUGAAGAAAGAAUAUGAGUAUUUGCUUCAAAAAACGAACCGCCAGAACAUUCAGCUUCACAACACAGACAAAAUUUUGCUCGAAAAGGAGCAAGAGAAAGCGAGGUUGAAAGCUUCACUGGAAGAAUUAUGUGCUAAACUUGACAGAUUUGAAGCUGAAAAAGAUGCUUCAGAGAGGAAGAUUGUAGAUGAGAAUGAUGAAAUUGUUUCUCGUCUUCAGGAAGAGAGAGAUAGCUUACGGAGAUCUUUGGAGCAGAAGCUCGCUGACCAGGACGCCAUGGUGAAAGAUGUCACUAUAUUGCAAAAACAUCUCGAGGAGAAAGAUCGUGAAGUUGGUAAUUUACGAGAAACACUCAGGUCAAAUACUAAGACAAUCGAGUCACAACUUAGUAAAAUACAAGAGAUCGAGAAAUUGUUGGUCGUGAAGGACAAGAGGAUUGCUGAUAUUGAAAGAAUGAAGAUCGAGUCAAGGACUGAAAAUAAAUCAGAGUCCAUCGAAUCGAAGGAACAAAACCGAGGAAUCACGAAAGAAAUAAAAGAUAGAAAUCAGUCUUCGACGAUGGAUGUUGAAUACAACCGUCGCACUUUCAACCAAAUGCAAGAUCAGUUGAUAUUAAAGGAUGAACAGAUAGCAAGACUUCAAGCCAACGAAAAAUCGAGAGACGAUUUACUGCAGAUGACGCUGAUAGACCAAAUAUACGACGAUAAAGAAAAGGUAGAACUUCACAGUAUUUUAAUGAAUCUCAAGAAAGAAAAGGUGGAACUCACUGAUUCCCUCGCCAAAGCUCAGAAGGAACUAGAUGUCAAAGCCAGCAUAGUAUUGACGUUAGAGAGUCGAAUCGAAACAAUUACUACGAAGAUGAAAGAUAAACAAUAUGAGAUGGAUAUAUUGGUGAAAAACUUUGGUCAACUUGGCGAGAAAAAUGAAGUCAUUGAAAAAAGGUGUCAAUGCAUGGACAAUGUUGUCAAUCGUCUAGCCCAGGAGAUUCUCCAUAUACGAGAGGGACUCGUUGGCGAAAAUUGUGAUAUUGAACCCAUUGCAAAAUAUGUCGAGAUGCUACUAGAUAUUUAUGCUGCUGCUUGUAACGGCAACACGGCAACGAACGACAUGAUAAAGGAGCUAGAAACAACGAGGGUCGAGCUUCUUAAUGCAUUGAAUUCCCUUUUCGAAAAUAGCCGAGUAUUACACCAAAGAGAGGAAGUUUUUGAUAACAACUCUAACGAGCUCUCGAGCCUACGAGAGAUCAAGAAGGAAAACAAGUCGUUGGCGGAGAUGGUAGUGUUGAUGACAGAAACACUUCACACAGAGCGAGAAGAAAAAGAAAAUGUCGAGCGCAAUCUUGCAAGGGAAACAAGAGUUAUGAAGGAAAGUAUGGAAGCCAUGGAAGUUAAGAAUAGAUGUUUGGAGAAAGAUAUGAUGACAAAAAUAUCAUCUCUUGAAAAGUUAAAUGGCGAGGUUCAAGCAAAGACUGCAGAAGUCAACAAUCUUCAAAAUGAGAUCGCACGGAGAAAUAAUCUGAUGGCUGAAAAUUCCUCGUUGAAGACGCAAAAUGCACGCAUAAAGAAAUGUAUAGAUGAACUUUCGAAUGAAGUUCAGGAUCUGAAUGGAAAAUUAGCCAAAAUAACCAUUGCAAACGAAGAUAGUUCAUCGCUGAAAUCAAAACUUGCAGAAGCUAAGAAAUCAGAAAAUGAACUAGUGACCUCAUACGAGCGUCAAAUCUCUUCUCUCACAAUGAAUAAAGAUGUGACGAUCGAUACUCUAAGGAAAGAUUUAGCGGCAUCGAGGUCGCGAAGUGCCGAAGAGGUAGCUCGUUUAACGAAUGAAUUGAGUGAAAUGCGAGAGUUGAAUAGCGAUCUUGAGAGGCGAUGCAAUGAAGAUUCCAUGCGAGUGAAGGACCAGAGAAUACAUGCUUUGGAGCACACACUCUGUGCUCAAGAAAAGACAGUAGAAUCUCUGCGUUAUCAGCUUGAUCAAGUACAACUAAGCAUGCGAGAUGUUUCUGAACAGCGCCGGAAAGACCUUGAGGAACUACAAAGCGAGUUGAUGGAGAGUAAGUCACGCGCAAUGGAUCAAGACAGAGAAAACACAUGCUUAAAAGUUAAACUCGACGAAUGCAAGAUAGAAUAUGAAAACGAGAUCAAAAGGCUGAAGAAAGACUUACCGAUUUCAAAAUCGAUGAAAGACUUAAAGGACACCAACACCAUGUUAGAAGUGAAGCAGCGCCUUGAACAGCUUAGGGUGGUUAAUAUCGAGCUCAAGGAAGACAAUAUCAAAUUAAGUGCAAAAUUGKAGAGAGCUCUAAUAAAGAUUCGAGGUUUGGAAGCUGAAAGUGAGAUUUCUGCUGAGAUGGAAAAAGAAUAUGGCAACGUCAGAAAACAGCUAAAAGAUUUAGAAUGUUUAUUGGAACAAAGUAUUCAGCACAAAAAACAAAGAUCUCGUGCGGAAGAAUCUAACUGCAAGAAUGAGAACGUGCAAAAUAGGACUCGUAAAGGGAAAGGUAGGGGAAAACAAGGGGGUAGCCGAACGAAUUUGUUAGGUUGGGGGAAGAGUAAAGUACCACCAGUUUUGGUUGAGGAAUCGGAUUGAAGCGGGACGGAAGUGAACGCAGGACAUUGAUAACAACAAUCUGUUUCUUCGGCCAAAAGACUAGAGUUAAGUGAACUGGGAAGUUUAAGUUCUGUAUUUUCUCUUAUUAUUUGUGUAUUGAUAGUUAAUAUAUUAGAAUUACGGAAUAGGUGUUAUCUAUUAAUACUCCAUAUAUAUUCACAUUUCAAUCCAUCCUUGCUUCCUCAUAAAUUAAUUAAUUCAAUUAAC